AUGGCGACCACGUUACAAUUGCCGGCAAUACCACCUUUCUCGGUUACAGACCAAAAGACGCUCGGGCAGCGCUGGUCUACAUGGGUGAAAGGUUUGGAGUAUUUCCUAGUUGCAUCGAACAUUACUGAGAAGAAACAGAAGCGCGCUGUCCUUCUACAUUUGGCAGGUGCUGACGUUCAAACGGUGUUCGCAACUCUCAGCGAUACAGGAGAAGACUAUGAUACGGCAUUGGCCAAGCUGACCGAAUAUUUCGAGCCAAAGAAAAACAUUCCGUUUGAGCGACAUGCUUUUCGGCAGGCAGCGCAAGGGCCGACUGAAAGUAUCGACGCGUACGUUACUCGUCUACGGAGCCUUGCAAAAUCCUGUGAUUACGACAAAGUCGAUGAAAUGAUUCGAGACCAAGUAGUUGAUAAAUGCGCCUCGAACAGUAUUCGCCGGUCGACUGUUACGGGAAACUGAUCUUACGCUAGAUGGAAUUUUACUUAAUUGUUCGAUCAAUUGAAGCGUCUGAUCUGCAUGCCACUACAAUGGAAGCAGCUUCGGGACCUUCAGAGCAGCAAGUCAACCAAAUUUCGACUGGUUUUCAGCAGACACGACAGCAUAGAGGAAAUUCUGGGUCGCGUCAACAAAGAAAUGCGAAGCAUCCGAGAUUCAAGAGCCACGACACGAGGCAGUUGGUGUGUUUUUGUUGUGGUCGUGCGGGCCACAAAGCGAAAGAUCCUUCAUGUCCUGCGAAUGGAAGAACUUGCAAUAACUGUGGAAAGCAAGGGCAUUUUGGUGGAGUCUGCAAAGGAGCGAAACAAGCGGUUAAAGACCCGAAGUCUCGCCCUGUUACGCAACAACGAACUGGAAUUCGGUAUGUGGCAACCGAACAUGACACCUCUGACGAUGAGUAUUUGUUUGCUAUUGGGAGCAACAAACCGGCGGAAAAAACUGUUCCGAUAA